CGCCGGCGGCGGCGGCGGCGCCGCGCUCCCUCCAGCCGCGCUGCGCGCCCGCGGAGCCCCGCGCAGCCCCGCAGGAACAAAUGCCAGCAUGACUAGGAUCUGAGCAAGCAUCUCCUUACUCCUACCACGGCUUUGCAGCUGCAGAGGAGGGGUGCCACAGACAGCUGGGGCAUUUUGAGAUACCAUGGAUGUCCCCACUGAUUUGGUGCUAUCCUCCAUGAUGUCGCAACCAGAGGUGAUUGAGUCCACAGCCAUGAGUGAACCACAGUGCUACUACAAUGAAACCAUUGCCUUCUUUUAUAACCGGAGUGGAAAAUAUCUAGCCACUGAAUGGAACACUGUCAGCAAGCUUGUAAUGGGCCUGGGGAUUACCGUCUGCAUCUUCAUAAUGCUGGCCAACCUCUUAGUUAUGGUGGCUAUUUAUGUCAACCGCCGAUUCCACUUUCCUAUUUAUUACUUAAUGGCCAACUUAGCUGCUGCAGACUUUUUUGCAGGUCUGGCCUACUUUUACUUAAUGUUUAACACAGGACCCAACACUAGAAGAUUGACUGUAAGCACCUGGCUUCUCCGUCAGGGUCUCAUUGACACUAGCCUGACAGCCUCUGUAGCCAACUUGUUGGCCAUUGCUAUCGAGCGGCACAUUACAGUCUUCCGUAUGCAGCUACAUACUCGGAUGAGCAACCGGCGAGUGGUGGUCGUAAUUGUUGUUAUCUGGACGAUGGCCAUUGUAAUGGGUGCCAUACCAAGUGUCGGCUGGAACUGUAUUUGUGAUAUCACUCACUGCUCCAACAUGGCACCGCUCUAUAGUGACUCCUACCUGGUCUUCUGGGCUAUUUUCAACCUGGUCACUUUCGUGGUCAUGGUAGUCCUGUAUGCUCAUAUCUUUGGGUAUGUCCGCCAAAGGACUAUGAGAAUGUCCAGGCACAGUUCUGGACCCCGCAGGAACCGGGACACCAUGAUGAGUCUCCUGAAGACUGUGGUCAUUGUACUUGGUGCUUUUAUCAUCUGCUGGACCCCAGGAUUAGUCUUGCUGCUCCUUGAUGUUUGCUGUCCCCAGUGUAACGUCCUUGCCUAUGAAAAAUUCUUCCUGCUCCUGGCUGAAUUCAACUCUGCCAUGAAUCCCAUCAUCUACUCCUACCGGGACAAGGAGAUGAGUGCUACCUUCAAGCAAAUCCUGUGCUGCCAGCGCAGCGAGAGCGCCAACGGCCCCACCGAAGGCUCUGACCGCUCCGCCUCCUCCCUCAACCACACCAUCCUGGCUGGCGUGCACAGCAACGAUCACUCCGUGGUGAAGCCCUCCCCUCCUACAAGAUCCGCCUUGUAGGCAGAACAGGCCUUGCUAUAAGCUCUUUGAUUUCUACUUUCAAAAAGUAGAAAGCAGAUGCCUUGCAAUGGAGUUCAUAGGUAGCCCUUGGAAAGCCUUGUUUAGACUACGCUAACUAGACUUUGCCAGAUUAUGCUGCAUCCUGGUGCCAGUUGGAAUCAGCUCUGAUUAAUUAAGCUUAUACCUGCUUCACUGCAUUUACAUGUAGCCACUUAGUCUUUAAAAAAAAAACAAAGGGAAAAUGAAAAAGGGGAUAAAAGUAAGCUUUUCAUUUAAUAGAUAUGUAAUAUUUAUCACCAUCAGCAUGCUCAUGGUGAACAUUUUCUGUGCAGGGAGUAAAACUGUGCUCUAGUCUUCAUACUCUUAGCCACACUGCCGUAACUACAGUAAAAAAAAAAUUAUUUUUCGUAAUGCAAGCAACAGGAAGAUGAUGGAAAUUCUGACACACUUCUUAACUUCAUUACUGGUGUUAGAGAGCAUGCAUGUUCUGUGUGUAUGCAGAAUGUUUUAAUUAUAUAUAUAUAAAAAAAAGCUCAUUGUAGAGUCUGCAGGAAAGUAGAAAAACAUAGACUGUAUUCCAGUGUUUGUUUAGAUUAUGAAAUAAACAAUACUCUAGUCACAAGAUAUUUAACGUUCUUCUUUGAAGUGUGGUAUGAAAUAUGUAAUGUGUAGGGGUCCCAGGUUUUUCUUGGACAAGUUCUUAAAGUAAGAUACAUCUCUAAGGCUCUUAAAGGGCUACAGUCAUGUUGGUAUGUUAAAAAAUGUAUUUAUGGUGUUGGAAUGCUAUUCUUUUUCAUAAUGGAGUGCAAGGGGAUUUUUAUUCAUGAUGGAGUGCAAGGGGAUUUUUUAGGUGAAAAAUGUUUACUUUUUUAUGGAACUUUUUUGUAAUUAAAAAAACCCAACUUCUAUGGAUUUUUGCACUGAGAGAUAUUUGUAGGGUAUCUUUUAAAUUAUUUACCCUUCACGUCAAAAGCAGUGGACUACUUGGAACCAAGGUACAAUUUUAUUUUAUAAAGUCAAGACCAAAUAUGUAAUAGUCCAUUGCCAAUGACUGAACAAUUCUAGAUGUAAUGCACAGACAUACACAUCAUUAUGGCAAGCUGUGCUAACAUACGGGUUUUUUCGUAUGUAGCUACUUUGAAGAGAAAUGCCACUCAUUUGAAUCUCAACUCCCAAGAAUCAGUGAUGUUAAUUACAAUUCCUUGAUAGGAAUAAAUGUGAGCAAAGAUGGGAUCUUGCAAAUAAAGAACUUGGGACCUUUCUCUGGGAAACUGCAUGCAUGUAAAGUGUUUUCCUAACAAUGUAAAAUGUAUCAACAGUAAAAUCCUAAGACCGUUUUCCAUAUUGUUAUAUGCUUCUUUAAUAAAAAAUUUUUGAGGUGUU